AUUCCGUCAUUUGCAAACUUGUCGCGCAGUGUGGACUUGAAAACGGGCCAAAAACAUGCGUCUUGUUCAGUUUUGUCAGAAUGGUUGUACAAGAAUUGGGGCUGAAGUUGCCCAGAAUGGUGAUAUCGUAGAUUUAAGUGCCGUUGAUGCCUCGAUACCAAGCGAUACGAGGUCAUUUUUGGAGGCAGGAGAAAGUGCGUUGCUCGCUGCUAGCCGGUGAGUAUAUCAUAAUUGAUCAUUGUUCUAUAUUCAUUUCUAAUUCGAUUCAUUAUAAUAUCAAUUGACUGUAACAUUUUUAUGCUAUUAAAUAAUUUAUCACGUAUAUAUUGAAACGUUUUAAUAGAAAGGUUUACAUUAGUUAUAUCGUAUAAAACUAUUUAUAUAUAUAAAAUUUGGAGUUUGCUAGUUAAAUACGAACCAUUAAUGCAUGCACUUUCGAAAAUUCCAUUUGAAAGAGUAAGUGUCGCUAAGUAACAUUUAGAUCAAUGGAAAUAUUAUUGCAAAAUAUCCAAUUCAAUUUGAUAGUUUAUUUAUUUGUUACAUGGAGUGUUUUCAUUGGUUAAGGUUAAACGUGGGUUUUCUCUGUAGUAGGGAAAAACCCCGGUUGUAAACUUUGCAUUAUUUUAUUGGUUUUUGCCUCUGAGAUCCGUGGUUUUUGCAGAGGAAUAGAGUUUAGCAGGCAUGCUCUCUAUCAUUCUAUAACAAUAACUGACUAUUCUAGUUCCAAUAAUUAUUGUUCUACUAUGAAAUUUUCCAAUCCUUAAAAUGCUACAGAACUAAUAAUAGCAAGGUUCUCAAUAGGCUAUCAACCAUAUCGGUUCCAGAUUCUUCAUUUCCAAAUCCGUACUCAAAUUCUCUUACUAUCCAGUAGAGAUGUGCCUUAUCCCAUAGUCUGCAACAACUUGAAAUCCUGAAUCCUAUAUUUUUCUCUUAUCCUCGGAUAGGGACAAGCCGAUGAGAACUUGUUGUGGGUCUCUUGCCAUCAUGGGCCCCUAAUUUUUUUUUAUCUUCCCCCCCCCCCUCGCCAAAAAUUUGGGGAAAAAGAUUAAUUACCGACUGAAAUGUUUCAUGUUUGAACAGUAAUACCCCACCCCAAUCUUGAUCCAUCCGUCACUGGGCCUGGGCCGUUGCUCAUUCAUCAUCCUUUUCAAGAUCCCAGCACAUCCUCCUUAUCAAGUAAACAUCCUGUAUCAUGCGUUAAAACAUAUAUUGUGGACAUUCUAUGUGUGAGCAACAAUUUACACAAUAAAACAUCUUGUACUAUAUUUAUUACAAACCCAAAACGACAUAGAAACAUAGUAUCAUCUUUUAGAGCUGUCGCAAGUGGAAAAGGUGUAAUAAAAAGAGAGGAAGUGAAGAUCAAGGCUCCAAUUCAGAAUCCAGAGAAAAUAAUUUGUUUAGGAAUGAAUUAUGUUGACCACUGUCUGGAACAAAACCAGCCUAUCCCAGAGGCACCUAUAUUAUUUUUUAAACUUCCAAGCGCUGUUAUUGGUCAGGGGGAAGAUAUAGUUUGCCCGGAUAUUGUUAAAGUAAGGUUAUGUACAAUUUGAUAAAAAUAUUUAAUGUUACGACCAUAAUGUUGUGUAUGAUAUAGCAUGUAAAAUCGUGCUCUAAUAUCCCACACUAAAUCAAGUUUUGGAAAUUCUUUAAUCUUUAGUGUUCUACAAUGGUUAAAUACUUAUUAAAUAGUUACAGAACUGCAAGUUCAUCAGGGAAGCCUAAAAUAAAAAUAAGUGAACCAGACUUUUCUGUGCAAACUAUGAACCAAAUUAGUCAGGUGGUUUAAAAAAAGCGUCACACUUACAGGUCAGAUAAAAGCAACAAACUCUUCUCGGAUCUUCAACCAGUUGUCCACUUUGAAUGUUAGCCAAGAGCUCAAAAUUUAAAUAAAUGCUUUGAGACCUUUUUUCAGGAUCAUUUUGUGUUUUUUCCUGUAUAUUUUCUCAUUAAAAGAAAAAAAUGGCCAAUCUUAGCAUCUCAGCUAUGCAUUGCCUGGAAUGGAUCAAAAUAAGAUCUUGGGCAACACUAUAGUCUAUAUAUUGCAUGGUCAUGAAAUUAUUAAUAGCUUAUAUACAGAAUUGAAAAAAUUCACCAUGGUCCAACCAUGGUCCAUGGACUAACCAUGGUCCAUGGACAUGCACACAAUGUACAUGCACAGUUACACACUUUCACAGAAUUUGAAUGAUCAAUUUCUUUUGAUCAAGCAGUCGUAAUGUAUGAAGGGGCAAAAUAUUUGUUAUUUGUGUUACUGCAAAUAUCUAUUUUGGCAUUGCUGAAAUUCUAAAAUUUAUCAUUUUAGAAAGUAUAUAGGCACAAGCACAAAAAUCCACAAACAUUUUGGGCUCCCAGCAAAAAUUCAAAUUUAAUAACUAGUGGAUAGGUCUGGGAACGGUGCACGACCAUCUGUAACGGUUUGAAUGAAAUUUUGCACUAAGCCAAAUAGGGGGUCCAUUUAGUACAGUACAUACGCAACUUUAAAGGGUGUCGCGGGAAGUUUGAAAUUGUGCAGUUUUUGCGUAUGCCUAUUGUUAAAGGGACAGUGUCACGGUUCUACUUGCGCAUCCAAAAUAUGCGCAAACUUGAAAAACUGUCUGCCAACAAUUAAUCAAGUUAGGAGUGAAAUACGAUGUACUAUUUAUAAUCCGUUCGUUAUGCAGGACAUCCUUGCUUUGUUUUAAAAGGCUGCUGCAUCUUUUCCAAUCAUGUAGCAUUAAAAUACAAAACAAUAGAUACUCCGAAAAUUGAAAGCAUUUUGAAAAAUUUAUUUCGACGUCUCGACUAAACUAUAGUCAUCAUCAGGAAAUGAACCUGAUGACUAUAGUUUAGUCGAAACGUCGAAAUAAAUUUUUCAAAAUGCUUUCAAUUUUCGGAGUAUCUAUUGUUUUGUAUUUUAUCAAAAUACUCAGUGGUUCCCGCAAUGUAGCAUUAAUUUUAAACGUUUCUUUGCGCCGUUUAUUUUAGCCAAUCAGCGCCGUGACACUGCCCCUUUACUGUAAACGACAUCAUUUCUAUUGUUCUUUGCGUACGUUAAAAUGCAUGCGAAUUUUUUUGCGUACGUACUAAAUGGAUGCCCCAUACUCCCUAGCCACCUGACUAUAUUGGACCAACUGGACUUGAAAUUGUUAUCUAACUAACAGUUUAGCUAUUAGUCAACGUUCUCUAAAUAAGCAUUGGCAAACUACGUGAUAGCUAUAAGGCCAAUAAAAAUGGUAUUUUAAAAUAUUCUGUCAUUGAAAAUACUUUUACGUAGGAAUUAGAUUAUGAAGUGGAGAUGGCGAUUAUUAUUGGCAAAAUUGGACACAAACUAAAGGUUUGUAAAAAAAUAUAUACCUGUCUGAAAGUUUUUUGUGAAGCACAUGUCCAAAAAUUGAAAAAAAUUACUAUUCAAUUUCAUAUAAAAAAUUUGCUAUUCAAUUUUAUAUAAUGGAGACCUCUGAAGCCUAAGAACUGAACUUGUCUGAUAUACGUACAAACCUGUUUGCAAAAGUUAGUGAUUCGAAGAUUUGAGCGUUGUAUUAUAUUUAAAAUGUGACGUCAUUUAAUCUAAACAUUUGCAUAAUUAGCGAAGUCUGUAUGUUUGUUCCACAUGGUUCCAAGUCACCCAACCAACCUCGUCCCCAGGGAGUCUGAUUGUAUUUAACUUCCUGUCGUAUUCCCCAUUACGAACCAGUACCCAGGGUAACAACUGGAUGGUAAAAUGCAGAAUAUGCAAUGUUUUGUACAGAAAGACGAUGAUAACAGGGGAACACAAACGCCACCAAUAUAGGCUGGCAUUAUUUCAUGUAACGACAUCGAUAACUUGACUAAACUCAUUUGAGUUGUUUGAUCAUCGUUGCACACGUAUAAAGGUUCGACCAGACACAUUAGAAAAUGGACAAUAACAAAUUAUAAAAUAUUUCCCUGUGUGUUUUUCAAAGGAGUCUGAAGCAAUGGACCACGUGUUUGGUUACACAGUUGCACAUGACGUCAGCGCGCGAGACUGGCAACUACAUAAAAAUAACGGUCAAUGGGGGUUGGGGAAGUCGUUUGAUACAUUUUGUCCUCUGGGACCUUCUAUUGUUCACAAGAAUAGUUUGUCAGGUAUGCAAAUAUAACAAUGAUUUUGAGUACUCUGAAUUGCGAGAAAGAAUGUAUUCCUACUUUUGCCUAGUCAAUACUUCAAUUACUGUAAGUUUACUAAAAAAAACAAACCAAUUCGGUGUUAUUCAGUAGAGUCUUGUUUAUUUCCCAUUGUCUUUUUAUUUGAUCGAAGGUUAUUGUAAUUAUCUGGAUUUUCAGGCACAUGCUAAUCUGAUUUUAUUUACACCUAGAUCCGCAUAAACUAGGCAUAAGAUGUCGUUUAAAUGGCGAGACAAUGCAAAAUUCAAAUACUGAAAAAAUGGUGUUUAAAACUGCCUCUGCGAUAUCGUAUAUAUCACAGUAAGUGAAGGCGCCUGGGUUUACUCUAUCAACGAUUCUGUGAUCCCAAUACAUCCUUUCGAUAAUUACGUCACACAUACUUUAUGGUCCUGGAGCCUCGCCAUCAUCAGUAAAUUACGCAAGGUGAUUGGCUCACGAUUCAUGAGAGCGAGGCUUCCAGGCUAAAUGAAAUGGCGUAAUUAUUGAAACAGUGUAUAUAGGAAUUAUCCAUCGUAAAUUAUAAGUUUUGAAUGAUUAGUAAAAAUUUUUUGAGGGAAAUGACUCGUUGUUUAUCCCUCAAACAUUUCUUUCAGCUCCUUCAAAACGUAGAAUUUACCCAUUCAAAAUUCCUACUGUGAUCACAGAUACUUUGAUAGUGUGAACAGUCUUAACUAUCUAAAAUUUUGCAACAAUAAAUAUACGUCAUGCAUGGCGAUUUCCACAAAUCAAAAGGAUAUUAUGUGAUUUGUUGAUUAGAAAGAGGCAAAGCGGACCUCUACAACGCAGUGCUAUGUGAAGUUGCAAAUUUAUAGCCAAAAUAGAAACUAUGCUGCUCUGUGUUUUUUUAUUCAGUGUUUUCCACUUGAUUUAGAUUUAUGACGCUGAAACCAGGUGACGUUAUCCUCACUGGAACUCCCCCUGGCGUAGGAUUGUUUAAGAAACCUCCCUUGUUUCUUAAGGUACACCUUGUGAUAACAUAUACUUAUUAUCAGUGGCGUAGCCAGCCCGACAUUUUAGUCCCGCUAUGCAAAUUCAAAAUUAUUAUCAUUAUUCAUUUCUUUAGAAAUUUAUUGUUUUCACAGUCAAUGAACACGAAAAUCUUCGCGUAGCGGGACUAAAUCGUUGGGCCGGCUACGCUACUGCUUAUUAUUCAUUGAAGAUCUUCUAAUUGCUUUUCAUUUCAUUUUUUUUUAGAAAGGCGAUGUAGUCGAUGUUGAAAUUGACGAGAUUGGUUGCCUGUCUAACACAGUCAGAUAACCAAAGAAAUAUAAAUAUCAAGUUAAUACCAUGCACUAAUAUUGUAACAGUAAUAGUAAAAGACGUCCAAAUUUAAUGCUUGAAAAUUUUUAUUGACAAUUUAUUUUUCAAAUAAACAAAUUGAAGAAUGAAAAUUGUACAUAUUCCUAUCUAUUAACUAUUUCCAAAAUAGAUUUAAUUCAACAUCUAAAUUUUUCUCACGCAAAUUCUAAAAUUGAAGUCAUUAUAGACUCGAGGUCGGUAAAUACGUCAACCUUAUAUUCAAUUAGACACGCGCCAACAAAUUUAAAUUAAAUACAUUUUAAAAUUAUGUUUAGCGCUUAGCCUUUAGGUGUACAUUCUCAUAGCGGGAGGUUAGGAUCAAACUGGGAAAACAAAAAAAUCAAUUUCAGCAAAUAUUUUAAUCAGUUGAGAAAAGUUAUUGAGGCGGACACCGUGACUAUACUGCAUAUCCCACAAAUAGACAAACCAUCCACUGAAUUCGAAACUGCACUGGAUGGAUCUUUAAAAUUACUGCCUGCAUGCAUUGCUUUCGGUACGCGAGAAAAAGGUCAUUUUCCCUGUUAUACAGUAUAUUGGACUAGCACUUUGACCACCACUAAGACACGUCCUACUGUGUCUGGCAAAAACUGAAGGCUUUCUUCCAUUAGCAAUUGCAGAAUAAGCUUCCAUAACGAUUGAGAUUCACUUGGUCUUGAAACAACAAGAUAUGCAGGAGAGACAGGACUCGCUUUCCUUUUCCCUGCUCUCUUCCUCGCCCACUAGCAAUUCUUUCUCGUCGUUGGAAAACUCCGAACUCAGCACACUCUUGUGUCUAUCGCUUUCUUUAAUACCAUAUUUCAUGAGAAUUUUUCGUCUCAUUGCUUGUCUGUCCGCUUCCAUCUUUAAAUGCUGUGCUCGUAACUUCUCUCUGUGUUUUAAAAGUCGUUUGUAUUCUUCGUCGUUACAUCUCGACGGUGUUAGCCCCGGAAUGGACUCUGCGGAGAAAUCAAGCUUUCCUACAGCACUGCUGAAAUCGUCCAUAGACUUUGAAACGACUUCGCCAGCAACAUACGAUGUGACAGAGGAAUUCAUAUUUGGUUUGGUGUUUGCACCGAGAACUUAUUGUUUAUACAAAUUUAAGCAUUUUCAGUCAUAUAGACUAGUCUGGUUGCUGCCAAAGCAUGAAGAGUACAGCACAUUAACCAACUUCCUGAACUUUGAAAGGCUUUAAAAGUUUUGAAAAUGACGUGGGAUGAAUACAUACAUACAUGCAUGACAUUUCUCAACAAUGUCUCAUAAUCUGUAAUCGUUUGUUUACAAAGUAAAUCAUGCAUAUAAAAUCAUGCGUUAAUAAUUGCUUUCAUCUCUAUUGUACCAUACAAAUUAGUUUUAGUUGAGGAGCGAGUUUUUCAUAAGUUAAUCAGCAUGACCUAGUUCGAGUGAAAAGCUUCAAAGCAAGCUGCCGAAUAAUAGAAACAGCAGAGUUUUUAGGAGAUCUAGCUUUCCCCUUUAAUAUACAAAGAAAAAAAGACUUAAAGUUUCGUCUGGAAGUUAUCAGCCUGAGAGCGAGCUAUUCUGUCAUUCUUAUAGUUAUAGACUGCUUUAACGCAAUAAUAUUAUAUUAAAUUAGAAUAAUAUAACUAUAAACCCUAACAAAAUAAUAAAGCUUAACAGAAGAUAUCCCGUGGAUCCGGUCCCGCCGAGCCUCUUUUCUUUUGUUCUGGCAAUCCUAAUGUGUUUUUUUUUAAUGCCGUUGGGCUUUUCCGUUGCCUGCAAUAUGACUCCAGAAAUUUAUUUUAUUUACCAGUUACGUGACGACAAUUAUUGCUUCUUGAAAUGUUUAUAUGUUGUGGUUAUGCCAACUGUCACAUGCCCCAUGCCAUUGCUGAAGCAAUAAAAUUUUGUUCGGGCUAUGAAACUAGUACUACAAGAUUAUUUUGUUAGGCCCAGUAAUGAACAGUUAUACACAAUGAGGCAAUAAUUUAAAAUUGUUUAAAUUAAAAAUUACUAACAAAUUAAAUUCUCAAAAUUACUAAAUUACUUUCUAAAUUAAAUUCCAAAUUAGUUCAGUUCAGAUCUGAUUUCAGUCACCUGGCUUGCUGGUUGCUUAAUAAUGAAUUACAGUCUUUUGCCUGUAUUCUAAAAACUCACUCUCAAAGAGUGGGGGCUCAAACUGAGCUUCCCUUGACUCUUGAGUGUCAAUGCUGUUAGUCUCGUACCUUACUAGUAUGUGACUACUCACCCUCCACUCCUCCAGCUAUUCAAAAAAACUAACACUCAAGGGAAGCUUAUAGAUUGAACAACUUCCACUCUGCAUGUGUGUGAGUGUGAGUCAACUUUUAGAAUACAGGCGUUAGACGUACAGUAGUUGAGGGUCCCAGAUGGGAGCACGUCAAUAACAUUAAGCAUUAAAAUGUUUGGCUCUUCAAAAUUUAAUUUGGAGCAUUAACGUAAAUGUAAAGUUUUUUCUGACAUUAAACAGUAAAAUUUUAGCUACUUUGACACUAAACACUUCGGUCUUCAGGAAAAUAGGAACAAAAAUAAAUCCCAUUCAGACCCUCUCAAUAUAAGAUGACAUUAACCGUUUAAAGCCGACUGAAAUCAGUCCAAAACACCGCAACGUUUUAUUCACCGACGUCAACUCUUAAAUGACGCCAACGUAUACUCAAAACGUCUAUUUAAAGUUGUUAAUCGAUACUAGUAUUACUACGUUAAAGACCAGAUUUUAAGUACCAUGUGACCAAAAUAACGACGUACUGUUGGCUAUUUUCUUUAUUAAUUACUUCCGCCAGGAGGUUAUGUAAUCAUCUGGGUUUGUAUGUGUGUGUGUAUGUGUAUGUGUGUGUGUGUUUGUCUGUGAGCACGAUAACUCAAGAAAUACUGUACCAAACAUAUUCAUACGAAAUUUUUUGAAUGCAUUUCCCAUCGGCUAAGGAAGAACUGAUUAAAAUUUGGUUGAAUUUGGUUAAAAAUUGAACGAGAAAUGAACAAAAUUUUGUCUUGCUUUUGUAUUUAUGCUAAAACAAGCUAAGUAAUGAGUAACAAAAUAGGCCUUUUUAUGACGUCACAAAUUUGUCAAAACAGCCAGUGACUGGAUGGCAUGGAGAACAGUGGGAUUUUCGAAAAACAACUAAAAGAUAAUGGACAUUCCCAUCACUGAGUCGUAAAUGAAGGCAUGGAGAACAGAGGGAAGAACAAUGGAACAUUCUGAUCAUCGAUUCACUGGAUCGUCAUUGGUGAUACUAAAGCCUGUUUUCCAUUUCAAUCGUAACGUACCGUAGCAAUUUCUUUUGUGUCGAAGUUAUUGAUUCCACACUACCGCUCAGGAAACAAAGAAAUACGCUACGUUUCGGUACUAUACGAUUGAGGGGAAAACUGGCUUAAGUGUCAUGCAAACCAUAGCUCGCUCUAGAGCUGAUGACUGAAUUUUCUGAUGACUGGGAUUCUCAAAACAAUGAAAGGCCCAUGGAACUGUAUCCCUCUUCCUCUGUGAUAGAACGUUCCAUCACUAAUCGUGAUUGGAUGCACUAUUGUUGUGCUUAAUUCCGUUCCAAAGCAUGGAUUUGCGAGGAGGCUAUAGCAAGGCGUCCCACGGUUUAAGAAUUCAACUCACUAAAUUAUUCGAGAAUAUUGACAUGCAUCCGUUCAUAUAAUAAAAUAAAUAAUUAAGUUUGGGCUUUUAUAACGGUGCGUUGCAACCGUUAGUGUACGAAUGAAAUUAUUUAAGUAUUUGCCAAACCUAAGUUAGUUUACCAAGCUGAAACUUCUUAAAAAGUUCAGACGCCGUGAACAACAAUGAGUCAAUGAUCCCAGCCACGGUGAAAGUGCCACCAACGAUUGCGAAAAC